AUGACCAGGUUUUGGAGACCGGGAAUAAACAGUUCAUACGCAACUGAAACAAUUGGGAUCACCUGCGCUGUAGGUGAGCGAAAGCUUCAUGCUUCAAGCGCACGCUCGGUUAUUGAUAGAGAAGUACCUAGUCGUCAAAUCCCUCUGAUGGACAGUUAG